AUGGUGGACGUGCUGGGCGGGAGGCACCUGGUGACCCGCGACGGCGCGGCCGUGGAGGCGGAGGCGGCGCUGCAGAACAAGGUGGUGGCGCUGUACUUCGCGGCGGGCCGCUGCGCGCCGUCCCGCGACUUCACGCCGCUGCUCUGCGACUUCUACACGGAGCUGGUGGGCGACGGGCGGCCGCCCGCGCCCUUCGAGGUGGUGUUCGUGUCGGCCGACGGCAGCGCGCAGGAGAUGCUGGACUUCAUGCGCGAGCUGCACGGCGCCUGGCUGGCGCUGCCCUUCCAGGACCCUUACCGGCAUGAACUGAGGACCAGGUACAAGAUUACGACCAUCCCCAAGCUGGUGGUGGUGAAGCAGAGCGGGGAGGUCAUCACUGACAAGGGCCGCAAGCAGAUCCGGGAGCGGGGGCUGGCCUGCUUCCAGAACUGGCUGGAGGCAGCCGAUGUCUUUCAGAAUUUCUCCGCCUGA